AUGUUGGGCGUUCAGAAAGUUCCCGUCACAGUGGCCCUCAGUUUCCUUCUCCUCGCCACACUGUUGCCCAGCUCUGAGGCCCGCCGUGGAGGUGGUGGCUUCGGUCGAGGGGGAGGCAGAGGACUGGGAGGCGGAGGAGGCGGCGGCUUCAGACGUGGCUGGGGUGGGGGUCAGUCCUACAGACCGGCACCCGUCCAGAGCAGUGGACCCAGUGCAGGAAAAGUGGCCGGUGCUGCUGCUGCAGGAGCAAUAGGGGGAGCUGUGAUCGGGUCGGCCUUGAGCCGCCCUGGGUACGGAGGAUACGGAGGAUAUGGAGGAUAUGGAGGAUACGGAGGCUACGGAGGAUAUGGAGGAGGUUAUGGAGGAGGUUAUGGAGGAUAUCCACGAUAUGGAAUCGGUGGCGGUGGAGCCAGGGGCGGCUAUGAGCCAGAGGGAUCUGGAGAUAUGGAGUUUUACACCGGAGCCUCCAGUGGCCCCAUCUACAACAGCAUCAUUGUUGUCAUCGGCUCCCUGAUGUCUCUGCUCCUGGGCCACUGGGUGGCAGUCAUGUAG